GAGGCCCAUUUACCCUCUUCAACCUCACCACCCUUCGUGGAUUCACCCGAGACUCUGCUACGUUAUAAAUUUACACUUGCCUUCAGAUUGGAGAUCACAAAUACAAAUACUCGGACAUGCCUUUGCUAUUAGCAGCUAGACAUGGCUUCCUCCUUUCAGUUCGGUCAUGUAUCAGAAUCCGAAACCCAGUUCAAUUCAGUGCAGCCAUUGUCAUUCACAUUCUCAUCGAUUAAUAAUGGCAACACUAUGGCACGUCUCGCCAAGGCAAGAAAAGCUGCACGUCCCUCUUCCUCUGCUUUGAAUUCAGUCGACCCCAUUACCUUUAAAAGCACCAGUGAAAGUCCCUUUGCAUUCGGUCAAGUUUCAAGCUUUUCAGCAGCUAAUCCAUUUACGUUCAUUAGACAUGAGGUUGACAAAGUAUCCGACCAUGAUGCAGAAAAACCGAUUGAAGCUGCAAGUAAGCUGCAGCAUGAAAAAACUGAACCAGGGAUUGGAGAGAAAGAAAACAAUAGUACCAAAGAAAUGGGUGUUUUGGCUCCAUCCGAUAUCAAACAGGAUAAGGUAGCAAGACAAGCAAACCAAGAUUCAAUGUCCAAUAGGACAAAUACUGCAUUGGUGGUGAUUUCAAGGAUUUUGAAAGGUAUACCUCAAAGCCCUCACUUUUAUCAGCUCAUAAAUCUCUCUGGACAUACUAGAAAGGUUUUGAUAUCUUCAUGGGAUCGGAUUUUCGAAGAAACUGUGGAGCAAAUGCACUCUCUACAGGUAAAUGAUUUCUGGGUCAGGGCUAGAGAAUUGUGGAAAACCAUGGGGGAGUUGCAAAGCAUGGGGUAUAACGUGAUUCCUCUGAGGAGAAGAUUAGUGGAGUUAACUGAUGUAAUGAUAGAGCUGAAGCUGACUAAGGUGGGAAUGAAAGGGUUAAUGAUUAAAGCUGAGAACCAUAGAAUGGAGAAAAGUAGGCUUGAGUUUGUGAUUUUGCGUUUGCAAGAAAUGAUCAUGCAAGAGCAUUAUGGUAUGCUUGGAGCACUAGCUCAGAUGGUUGAAAUGGAGAAAGAGGUACCCAAAUUUGACGGUGUCUUUGCUAAAUUGGCAAUGGAGCCUCUCUAGUUUGACAUUUUGGAUUGGUGCUGCAACUCAUAGAUCUUUGUACUUGUCUAGAUUGAAUGCUAGUCACUGACUUGAGAGCUUCAAUGCAUGCUCAUCUCCAGGAACUUUUUUUUGAUCUCUAGAAACUUGAAAGCAUAUCAAGCUAGUUAGUAUUUUGUAUUCAAAUGACCUUCAAUUUAAAACAUGUAUUGCUGGCUUGCUGCUUAAAA